AUGCCAAAACCGCUCGGUGAUGCCCUAGAAGGGCCCAGGCGUCCUCAGGUAUCUUCCUCGACUGGUGGAAUCCCGCCUUCACCCAAACCUUCCGGGGAAGGGAAUGAUGGCUCAGUGACGAACCAGACAAGGGUCACCUUUUCAAAACAAGAUUCGUUACCAAGGCUUCCGAUCCCAGAUCUUGAGUCCACCUGCCGACGAUACCUGGAGAGCCUGGCUCCCUUGCAAAGUCCGAGCGAACAUGAAGAAACGAAAGCCUCGGUUCAAGAUUUUCUCAAGUCUGACGGCCCAGAGCUGCAAGAAAAAUUGAAACUCUAUGCAUCGUCGAAGACGAGCUAUAUCGAGGAGUUUUGGUAUGACUCGUACUUGAAUUAUGAUAAUCCUGUUGUCCUCAAUUUAAACCCGUUUUUCCUCCUGGAAGACGACCCCACCCCUGCGCGGAACCAUCAGGUGACGAGAGCGGCUUCAUUGGUUGUAUCGGCUUUGUCCUUUGUGCGAGCAGUUAGAAGGGAGGAGCUGACUCCAGAUACGGUUCGCGGAAAGCCACUGUGCAUGUUCCAAUAUUCCAGACUGUUUGGCACGGCAAGGGUGCCCACAAGCAACGGGUGUGUUAUAGGCCAAGACUCUGCUUCGAAACAUCUCGUCAUCAUGUGCAGGGGACAGUUUUACUGGUUUGACGUUCUUGAUGAAAAUGAUGAUCUUAUAAUGUCUGAAAAGGACAUCUCUCUCAACCUGAGCGCGAUCAUCGAAGACGCCGAGCAGACGCCAAUACAAGAGGCUGCGAAAGGGGCGAUUGGCGUGUUAAGCACAGAAAAUAGAAAGGUUUGGUCCGGGUUAAGGGAUAUACUGAACCGGCAGUCGGGAUCCAACAACGCCGAUUGUUUGAAUAUUGUCGAUACAGCACUCUUUGUCUUAUGUCUAGACGAUGCGGAACCUUCGAAUAUUGCUGAAAUCUGUGGUAAUAUGCUUUGCGGAACGAGCGAGGUGGUCAAAGGGGUUCAGAUUGGUACAUGCACAAAUCGAUGGUACGAUAAGCUUCAAAUAAUUGUCUGCCAAAAUGGUAGCGCAGGCAUCAACUUUGAACAUACCGGUGUCGACGGACAUACGGUUCUUCGUUUCGCGAGUGACGUCUUUACUGACACCAUCCUCCGUUUUGCAAAGACCAUCAAUGGCCAGGCACCAAGUAUAUGGGCAUCCACUGGCCCAACUCCCGCCAAGCGCAAGCCAAACGGUUACCGACAUGCGAGCACCACACCACGCAAACUUGAAUGGGACAUGGGCCCGGAGUUGAGCACGGCGGUAAGGUUCGCCGAGUCCCAUAUUGCCGACCUGCUUCAUCAGCACGAAUUUGAAGCUUUGGAUUUCCGCGCUUACGGAAAAAAUUUCAUAACGACGAUGGGUUUCUCUCCGGACGCAUUUGUGCAAAUGGCAUUCCAAGCGGCGUACUAUGGGCUCUAUGGACGUAUUGAAAAUACAUAUGAGCCUGCCAUGACCAAGACAUAUUUGCAUGGUCGCACUGAAGCCAUCCGUACGGUCUCAUUGGAAUCAGUUGACUUCGUGCAAACGUUUUGGGGAGACAACCCCAUCGCAGAGAAGGUGAAUGCCCUCAGGAAAGCCACGCAGAAACAUACUGCGAUCACAAGAGAGUGCUCGCAGGGCCAAGGACAUGAUCGCCACCUUUAUGCACUCUACUCUCUCUGGCAACGAUCCUUUGACGAGAGGCAGCCCAGCAUCUGCAGUGGGGGUUCCAGUCCUGACGGCUACUCCAGCCCUAUUGAAGGUGGUAACUCGGACGAUGGUCACUCCUCAGUCAGCUCUCGGAGUGGCCGUAGCAAAAUGAAUCAUUUACCAGAGAUAUUCAAAGAUCCCGGGUGGGAAAUGAUCAACAACACUAUCCUGUCCACGUCGAACUGUGGGAACCCAUCGCUCCGACAUUUUGGGUUUGGGCCGACAUCCGGCGAUGGUUUCGGCAUCGGUUAUAUCAUCAAGGAUGAUUCGAUCUCGAUAUGUGCAUCCUCGAAGCACAGGCAAACCAGUCGAUUCAUGCAGACACUGGAGUCAUACCUGCUGGAGAUCCGGAAGCUACUGCGGGCCGCCUCUCCACCAAGCGAGGAGCCUCGCGCUGCUGCGCCGCCAAAUGCGGCACAGGAACGGCUUGGCACGGGCACUCGGACUCCUCGUCGAGGACGGCUCAUUCAUACCGAUGCGGCGGCACGGGAGGUCGAUACGCCUAUGACUGAGAGUGGGUGUUUUGAUGACGAUGGGAUGGGCGGCUAUGGGUUCUUCGAUGCCGGAAUGCUCCUGCAGGCGUUGCAGGAGCUCCAGGAAGUUCGGGAGAGGGGUAGAGAUAAGAAGUCAAGGCGGAGAUUAGUUGGAAAGACACUGAAAUUGAAUGAUUAUUAG